AUGACCAAGCCAACGUUAGAGCCGAAGGCCAUCCCCGCUGCGAACAACAACGACGAGAUGAACGACGAGGAUCGCGAGUGCAUCGAAUUCUUGCGAGAACAUUCGAGCGAUCUGCUGUCCAGCUACUACGACACUGACUUCAACCUGCUGCGAUGGGCACAGGGCUACAGCCACAACAAGGACGAGGCCCUCGAACAUUUGCGGCGUCACCUCAAGUUUAGAAGGUAUUACGACCUCGACAAUCACCACCAGAUCAAGGAGCACGAGAUCCUGAAAAAAUACUUCCCCAUUGGGCUUGUUGGUGAGACGGGACGCGGGAACACGCUGCUCGUCAUCGAGAGCGCCGGCAAGAUCGAUCUGAUGGGCAUCUUGCGGGCCGUCCAGCUCUCCGAUUUCCUGAUACAAAGGGCCCGUUUCCAAGAGCAAAUGCUGGCCCAGAUGAACGCGAUCGAGGCGAAGACCGGCAAGCAAGCGUCCGUCAUCUACAUUCUCGACCUCGAGGGCCUCAAGUUCGACCCGUCACUCCUGCAGGUUGUGACCGGCCCGUACCGUAUCCUUUGGGCCUCUGUCUACAUGAACUACCCGGAAUGGAUCGACCAAUUCGUGAUGGUCAACGUGCCCUCGUUCAUCUCCAUUGUUUGGAAGGCCAUUGUCCCGUUUCUUCCGGAGAGGACGCGAGGCAAGGUGAAGAUCUGCACGGCGGGCAGCGACUGGAAGGCGCAGCUUUUGCAGCUCUCCCGCCCGGAGAAUCUUCCGGCGCACUGGGGCGGCACGAAGGUCGAUUCGACGGGUGAUCCGAUGUGCCGAGAGAUUCUCAACAUCCCAUCCGAUCCAAUCCCGCACAGUCUCUACUGGGUCCCCGAUCACGAGUCGCCAGCUAUUAAGGAUCUGACGGCGUUAACGGUCCCGGCGCGACAAGGCAAAGUGUUGACGUUUGUCGUCAAGAGCACGGAUGAGAAGAUUUUCUUCAUCUUGAAUCGGUUCUGCGACCGGACGUUCGGGCAGGGCGUGUGGUACAGCACGAAUCCGGCGGCCGUCGAUUGGGAGCUGGACGAGAUGGAGGAAUGGUGCCCCGAUUUCGACUACCCGGGAAUGCCGACGGUGGAUUGGCUGCGAAUUCGCGUGCCGGGCCCCGGCGUCUACAAGCUCAAGUUCGGCAACGAGCAGGCAUGGAUCCGUUCGCUGACCGUCUACUACCGUAUGCGAUUCGUCAACGAGACGGGCAAAUGCGUCGAUUUUGAGCAAAUCUAC